AUGCCCAACGCCUCUUCCUGGAGUGCUAGCUCGCCUCUGCUGCUGCUCUGGGAGGACUCCUCUGGGACCCGCAUCUUCCUGUCGCUGCUCUAUGCAGUCUUAGCUAUCUCAGGGACUUUAUCCAAUGUGAUGGUCAUCUAUUUAGUCUUCUCCUUCAAGAAGCUGCAGACAACCAGUAAUGCCUUCAUCGUGAACGGCUGUGCGGCGGACCUAAGCGUGUGCGCCCUGUGGAUGCCCCAGGAGGCUGUGCUGGGGCUGCUGCCCCCCAACUCGUCCUCCCUUCGCUCGGUGGAGUACAGGCUGCUCCGCGGGGGGCUCCUUGGCCUUGGCCUCACCGUCUCCCUGGCCUCUCACCUGCUGGUGGCCUUCAACAGGUACGUGCUCAUCACCAAGCUGCCCAGUGUGUACCAGGCCCUCUACCAGCGGAGGCACACGGGCUGCAUGAUCGGGAUCUCUUGGGCCCUCGCCCUGCUCCUGGUCCCGCUGCU